CGACGUUCUACACGUAGAAGUACGAACGAAGGUUUUGUGAACACGAAUUCAAAAUGGAAGUCUUGGUACUGAAGUAUUGAUUUAUUCAGAAACGUUGAUGGUAUAAUUUGCAGCAUUUUUAUGAGUACAAAUUUGAUUUAAGUGAUAACUUAAACAUGUCGGAUCGGGUCAUAGCGUCCCGACCCAGCCUAGAGCAGGUGCAAGCUAUAGUGGACUUCAUGGAGAAGCACCCAGCUUUAGGCUUAGGUCAAUUGAGGGGUUUUGAAGGUAGAGAUGAGGGUAAGAAGCUGUGGUUAAAAUUGACCCGUCUGGUCAAUAGUCUAUCCGGCCCUACCAGACCUGUGAAGUCUUGGGUAAAAUUUUGGGCCGACAAAAAGUCGACUGUGAGGUCCAAAGUGCAAGCUACAGGUGACCCUAACAACUUGGGCUCUAAUAUUGAGAAGAAGAUAUGGGAUCUCUUUCUGGCUAAUGAAACUGGCAGACCUCGUGGUGCAGUCAAGAGGGAAGUGGAGAACAACUUUUUAGAUGAGAAUUUCUAUAAUGAAGACAGCAUCGAACACAACAACGUAGAGUCCGAACAAGUGAUGACUUUUGAAGACCCAAUAACAGACACCGAAGAACGGCAGCAUCAGCUUAUGGAGAAAAUGCUAAAAGUGCUAGCUGAUCAGGCAUCGGCCAUGUCUCAAUUGGCGAAUGCUUCGCAUUUAAAUGCUCAAGCAAUGGAGAGGCUUGCCGAAGCUUCACAAAUACAGGCGAGAGCGAUAGACCGUCUGGCGAAUUCGUUCGAAACGAUUAGUGCUGCGACACAUGACGUCCGCAACGCCAUUGUCGAUAUCGACGUGACGAUGAAGCGUUUCUACUCCACAUCGCCCACUUAGCAUAGGUACCUGUGAACGCCCGAAUAAUUCCGUGACGUUCGCGCUCAUACUAAAUUGACUCUUAUAUAUAGUUUUAAU